CUUAUUGCCGCAGUGAUCUCAGAAUAUACUCUUGUAUUCAUCUUGACAACGGCUUUCAUGAAAUAUCUCACUUGUUUGAUGACAUUUCGCUACUGAUCGUUUCGCUCAUCCUAUUUCUAGCAACAGAAUGUAAAAACGUGACUUGCUCUUUCGUUAACAAUAAACAGAACUAAAACAAGUGCCAAAUGUAAUAAAGGUUACUUUGUUCGAGUGAGGUUUCUUGUGAUAUACCCAAGUUGAAGUGAAAUUAAUGACACUAUCUUGUGGAGUUGUUUUUUCGAACUCUUGAAAGUACUAGACUUUGUAUUGCCUAACGUUGCAAUGGAUUCAAUGAUUACAAUGAGGAAUUUCUUUCGCAAUGCAAUGAAAAUUGUCAUGAGGAAGCUUACACUUUUCUUUCGACGAAUUUAUGAAUGCCGCUGCUUGAGAUUUCUCUGGUCUUAUGCUCUGUUAGGUAAAAUGGCAGAACAUAGUACAAUUAUUGAACUGCCAAGUAAUGAAAAAAGUGAGGUGAGAGUCUUAACGUUAAAUAACGGACAACAUCAGGAUGGUGUACUGUACAAGUUAAAAAAAGGAUGGCUGGUACAAUUUAGACUAGGCCCUUCGUUACUUGGACGAUCUGUUCAUAUUUUUACAAACCAUCCACUGUCAUCUGAUCAACAGUUUGAAAGGCGUACUUAUUAUCAAUUACCAUGGAUUAACGACUGUGCAACUUUACGCUUGGCUCUUGCCGGUUCAUUUCAUUAUUACAUUACAGAUGCUAGUGCUGAAACUGGCCUAAAAGCUAUUGCUUCUGGCUAUCUCUUGGUAGAUCCUGAGUUAAAAAUUGGCCCUGAGGGAGAUGUGCUUCCUCUAGAUUGUAUCCAAUGUCAAUCGGUAUUAGCAAAACAUUUAGGUCCAUUUUCUACUUGGGAAAAGAAACUAUUAGUUACCCGUAACUCAGGAUACAAUAUGAUACACUUUACACCACUUCAGCAACUUGGGGAUUCAAACUCAUCGUACAGUCUCAAAGACCAAUUAAAAUUGAAUCCUAUUUUUAAUGAAGAAGGUGCAUCGACAACUUUCGAAGACGUCGAGAAUUUGUUGAAGAAAAUACGAAAAGAAUGGAACAUUUUAAGUAUUUGUGAUAUAGUUUUGAAUCAUACGGCAAAUGAAAGUCCUUUUCUGGUAUCUCAUCCUGAAUGCACCUAUAACUGUGUUAAUUCUCCACAUUUGCGACCUGCAUAUUUAUUGGAUGCUACUUUAUUCGAACUGACUAUACAAGUGGCAUCCGGAGAAUGGGAAUUUAAAGGCAUUCCUACUGUUGUUGAGACUGAGGAUCAUUUGAACGCUAUUCGUCAUGCGCUACAUACUCAUUUCUUGCCACUGAUAAAAAUACAUGAGUUAUAUAUUUUGGAUAUUAAUGAAACGGUAGCAGAAUUUUUGAAUUUAGUACGGAAUCAAGUACCACAAGAUGUUGACGCCACGGUGACAAAGGAAAAAAUUACGAUAAUACAAGAUCCUCAAUAUCGCCGACUAAAAGCUACUAUUGAUAUGUCUCUUGCCCUUCGUAUAUACAAUUCAUAUCGAGUGGACUGUUUUGAUGAAGAGACGCGUUUGAAACGCUGCGCCGAGGAUCUUCGAAAAAAUCUGCAAGAACUUAAUGACGUGAUUAUUAACGAAAUACAAAAUCACUUAAAUGCUGCGGUUGAAAAUACAAUUGCAGGAAUUCGUUACUUUAGAGUACAGUCUGAUGGCCCUCGACAAAAAGAGAUCAGCGAAAGAAAUCCUCUUGUUUCCAGAUAUUUCACGGAUUAUGGAGCGCCAAGAAACUUAGCUGAGAGGGAGACAACUUUAUAUUCAGAUACUGGUUGCUACCUCAUGGCUCAUAACGGCUGGGUUAUGAACGGUGACCCAUUAAAAAAUUUUGCUGAUCCAGAUUCUAACGUGUACAUCCGUAGAGAACUUAUUUCAUGGGGAGAUAGUGUUAAGUUGAGAUAUGGAAAUAAGCCGGAAGAUUGCCCUUUCCUAUGGGAACAUAUGACAACAUACGUGGAACAGACUGCUAAACUGUUUGACGGCAUUCGCCUGGACAAUUGUCACUCUACACCUAUCCCGAUUGCCGAGUACAUGUUAGACGUGGCACGUAAAGUACGACCCGAUUUAUACGUCGUUGCCGAACUCUUUACAAACUCCGAUCAAAAGGAUAAUAUUUUUGUCAAUCGGCUUGGUAUCACAUCGUUGAUUCGAGAGGCCAUGUCGGCGUGGGACAGUCACGAAGAGGGGCGUCUAGUUUAUCGCUAUGGAGGCGAGCCGGUCGGAGCAUUCCUGCAAUCUCAUCAACGUCCCUUAACGCCAAGCAUUGCCCAUGCACUUUUCUUAGACCUGACACACGACAAUCCAAGUCCUGUUGAAAAGCGCAGCGUAUUCGAUUUACUUCCAAGCGCCGCUUUGGUAUCCAUGGCCUGUUGUGCCAGUGGCAGUAAUCGCGGCUACGAUGAACUGGUUCCACAUCAUAUACACGUUGUAGAUGAAACGAGGCAAUAUACUUCGUGGAGCGAUAAUGAAGAAAUUACCAGCAAUGACGUAGGCUUUGUUACCUCUAAGACUGGUAUAAUAGCUGCUAAGCGUGCAUUAAACGAGUUACAUUAUAAUCUUGGUCAGCUAAGGUUCUCACAGGUCUUCGUCGAUCAAAUGGACUCUGACAUUGUGGCAGUAACAAGGCACUCGCCAUCGACUCACGAAAGUGUCAUUUUGGUAGCGUUUACAGCAUUCAAACAUCCUGACUCGAAUGCCAUUGACUUGAGAAGACAUGUACGACCUUUACGAGUAGAGGGAGUUGUCGAAGAAAUUAUCUUAGAAGCAUCUCUCUAUCACGAAGACGUAAAAAGUAGCGGUUCACGGUUUCAUUAUACAGAAAAGUUCGAUAAAGAUGAUAAAUUUAUAAAUGGUCUGUCCGAAUAUGAGCUCGAAAUAAAGGAGCACAUUCAAAUCUGUGAUUCGACCAUUUUGGAAAAGGUUGAUUCCGGGGAUCCGAAAAUUACGCAACUUAACUUUGUUAAUUUUCAACCCGGCUCAAUCGUGGCUAUUCGAGUCUCCGUUCAUGCUAAUAUAAAACCUGCUCUAGCAAAAUUGCACAGUACAAUAUCUGCGAUUACAUCUCCAAAAAGUUCAGAUUUACGCGUAAUUGUCUCUCGAAUGGAUCUCACCGAUUUAAAUAAAGCCUUGUAUCGAUGCGAGCAAGAAGAAAGAGAUGAAACUUCAAAUCGUAUUGGAGUGUACAACAUUCCUGGAUAUGGGCCUCUCGUGUAUGCGGGAUUACAAGGAAUUAUUUCCCUAUUUGCUGAUAUCCGUCCAAAUAAUGAUCUUGGUCACCCUGUGUGUGUGAAUCUCAGACAGGGUAACUGGCUAGUAGACUAUGUAUGGCAAAGACUGAAGGAAAACGAAGGUACAACUCCUCUAGGCGAAUGGAUAGAACAAAGUGUGGAGCCUUUUAAAAUAAUACCUCGAUAUCUAGUGCCAAGUUACUUUGAUGUCAUCGUGGUCAAUGUUUACAUGAUUUUACUGGAGCAAUGCUACAGUUUAAUGUCCAGCUUCGUGAAGGACGGCUCCGUAUUCGUUAAAUUAUUGUCUCUGGUCUCCGUUCAAGUGGGCGGUGUAGUCAAAUCUUCCCAGCUGCCGGACUUGUCGCCUAAUUUGGAUCCACCAAAGCCAAAAAUGAAAGAAUUUAACGGAAAUGGCGAACAAGAGUGUCUGACACUUUCAGCUGGAUUGCCGCACUUCACGACAGGGUAUAUGAGAAACUGGGGUAGAGACACAUUUAUUUCAUUGAGAGGACUACUCAUCUUGACUGGCAGACACGAAGAAGCGAGAUUUAUCAUUCUCGGAUAUGCUGGAACUUUGAGGCAUGGCCUGAUACCGAAUCUUCUUGACAAAGGAAAGAAUGCAAGAUACAACUGUCGCGAUGCCGUUUGGUGGUGGUUGUAUACCAUUCAAGGUUAUGUUCAAGAAGUUCCGGACGGUUUGAAAAUUCUGUCGGACAAAGUUUCUAGGCUCUUCCCUACAGAUGAUUCCCCAGCUCUUCCGGCAGGGGAAAAGGAUCAACCCCUUUAUGAUGUUAUACAAGAAGCUCUGACGGUACAUUUUCAAGGCUUGUGCUUCAGAGAAAGAAAUGCUGGGAAACAAAUCGACGAACACAUGACGGAUCGUGGUUUUAAUAAUCAAAUUGGUGUACAUCCCGAGACGGGUUUUGUUUUUGGUGGUAAUGAUGCCAAUUGUGGGACUUGGAUGGACAAAAUGGGAUCCUCCGAUAAGGCAGGAAAUAAAGGAAAACCGGCAACACCAAGAGAUGGUUCGGCAAUUGAAAUCGUCGGGCUCAGCAAGAGUGCUCUUAGCUUUCUGGCUGAACUUUACAAGCAAAAUCUGUUUCCUUAUGGAAGUGUUCAAAGAAAAAAUCGCGAUGGGACCGUGAUUACUUGGAGUUAUAAACAAUGGGCGGAUAAAAUUACUGAAAACUUUGAGAAGUACUUUUACGUCAACGUGGAGCCAACCGAAGGGGAACUUAAACCUGACUUAAUUCAUCGACGUGGUAUCAUCAAAGACAGUCAUGGAGCAACUCAAGCAUGGGCUGAUUAUCAACUACGUCCGAAUUUUCCAAUCGCAAUGGUUGCAGCUCCAGAAUUGUUUAAUCCCAAUCAUGCAUGGACUGCAUUAAAGAAAGCAGAGGAAAUAUUAUUAGGACCUCUCGGAAUGAAGACAUUAGAUCCUGCCGAUUGGGCGUAUAAUGGCUACUACGACAAUUCCAAUGAUUCAAGUGAUCCCAAAGUCGCACAUGGGUGGAAUUAUCAUCAGGGACCUGAGUGGGUUUGGCCAUUGGGAUACUUUCUCAGAGCACGUCUUCACUUUGCUCCGAUAGUCGGUGGCAAGGCCGAAUUGCGUCGAACGAUCGAAUCUACGGAGAUCAUUAUUUCUCGACAUUUAAUCGAAGCAUCGACAAGCCAUUGGCGAGGUCUACCCGAGCUCACCAACAAAGACGGUGAAUUCUGUCGUGAUAGCUGCCGUACCCAAGCUUGGAGUGCUUCAGCAAUUUUGGAGGUCCUUCAUGAGCUGAAUAUACUGAAACGGGAAUUACAGUUUGAAGAGCAAGAAAUAUCAAACUGAUACGACUUCGCGUGUGUUCACCACCGCUAUCUACACUUAGAAUAUAUGCGACUAGAGGAGAAACAUAGUACUAAAAGUAGAUCAAGUCGAGAGAAUUUAUGUAUCGACAUGGAGGCACCAGCUGUACAAUGCACGGAGACACACGCAUACAUUAUUCCGCACUUAGGUUUGAACAACAUUGAAUCACGCGAGGCUUUGGAUACAAACGCAAUUAAAGGCGGCAGUUUUGAGCCAAGGAUAUCGAACGAAAGUAUUAAAGGCCGAGCGAGUGCACAAUUAGUUACUCAGCAGAAAAUCCAUCCAAAUUUGCUUACCGAUCCAGAGUCAAUUGAGAUUUUACCCGAAUCGAUAGAAAUUUGUGCUCAGCCUACUUCUGAAAUUAUUCACAAAGCAGCACAGUUUAUUUAUGGCUGCGAUCUGGGCACAGAUUCGGAGAGACCGUUAAGAAAAUCUACAGUCGAGGGAGACGACGAACGUGAAACGAUCACAGUGACCAUCGAUGAGCAGACCGAUAAGGAUGCUGCUUAUACUAAUUCUCGUCUGUCGAAUCGACUGCAAAAUGGAAUUAGUAAACCACGCACAAUGGAUCAUAUCUACGAGGACAUCGAGAUGCUGAAGAAGUCUCGAGAUCCGUAUAAAUACGAUAUUUUAGAUUAUUACGAGAGAUAUAGUCCAAGGACUGCGAAGACACUAAUUCGUACUCUCUUCCUUCCGAGGCAUAGAAUUUGCAAGCAAUGCGCCACGUUGAAAGAUAGCCCAGUAUAUACCGAUCGUCUGGUCUAUUUGAAGAAGCUCCUUUUUGCAAAAGAAGUCACCCUGCUGCAACUUGAAGACUGCCUAUAUUUCAAGUUUAAUCUGUCUGCAGUUAGCGAUGAUCUUUUAGAAUUGGCAAGAAAUGCCGAUAGCGAAGAUUAUAUGCCGGUUUGUAGUUUAGCGAAGACGAAUUCGUCGGGAAUACUAUAUUCACAUGGUACACCGCAAGAUAUCUUCGACUUGAAAUCUACUCUAGAGCCAAACAUUGUCCUUAAGAAUAAUGUUUCUUGUGGGGUAGAAAAUACUCAAUUGUAUCAUCGCAUGGCGAGUAAUUAUUACUGUCGCAUUUCUGAAGCUGGAUGCGCACCUAUGAUCUUUCAAGCCCAGGAAAAUAUUAUUUCGUUAUCUAUGAUUAAGGGGGUGGGAUAUGAAACGGAUUUGCAGAAUUGGAUGAAUUAUCGUAACAACAUGAUUAAGCUCCGCGAUUCUAUUCAAGACGAAUUGCCUCUGUCAAUUGUAGACUCUCAUCCGAAUAGGGCAAGUCUUUUGUUACUGGAACCAUUGUUGUUGAUGCCUGAAUUAACUGACACUAGAGGAAAUCAUGUCAAAAAUCGUAUAAGUCGGUCGGAGCACGUAAAGAUAGUGAGAAUGAUGAUUGCCUAUACGUUAGCAUUUUUCUCUAUGGCUAUUCUAACGUUUUACAUUGUUUAUUUCACUUAGCCCUUUCGGUUCUGGUCUGAAUAAUAAUCAAACUUGAAAUUAACUCAAGCCAAAUAAAUUACUUUUAUGACUGUUAUACAUCGAUAUAAGACGGAUUACGUGUUUUGAGAAUUGUGAUUGUGAAAGCGUCAAAUGUGCGUAUAAUCGUUAUUUAUUGGAGUAGUUUUGUGGGAAUUCAAAAAUAAGUGCAAUGUUUCAAUUUUAUAUCCUUAUGGUGGCACUUUCAAUCAUGUGUUUAUUGUUUGCCACUUGCAACGGUUAUCGGGGGAUUCUUAGAACGCCACUAUUUUACUUAAUAAUGUAUGGUACAGGUAAAAUACCUAGUAAAUUUAUGUAUCUCAAAAUGGACAUGGAAAUACGGAUUUCUAAAAGACGUGUACAAAAUUAACUUGAAAGUGCGCAUUCAAAAUGAAUUGUUUAAGGACUUAUCAAGUACUAUAUUAUUGCUUUAAAUAUUAUUUUAAAUGCCACUUUGAAAAGUAACCACAUUUAUAGGAAACUGCACCCAUAAGUAGUACUCAUAUAUCAUACUAUACUUUUAAGAAAGUUCCUAUUAGGCAGGUAUUUUUGUCAUGAAAAUUAAACAGUAAUAAAGACUGAAAUGUAUCAAACUCACUUUGACACAACAUAACAGAAAGUUUACCGUUGGAAAUUAUCGCUUGCAUCAGACAUGAACUAAAGUAGUCCCAAUCAGAAGCAGAAUAAUAAAAUUACUUUAUGAUACAUACUUUUUAGUAUUUUUUUUCUAAUAAAUAUGUCAAUUGCGAUAAUUCUCUAUAUGGCUAUGUGAAAGUAGUGUAAGAAAAACAAAUACUUGUUAAAUUGUUGCGAUGCGAUUUAAAUUUAUUUUUAAUAACAAAUCAUUAACAGUUCACAUGGAUGGUCGGCAAUUGUUCAGCGAUGAAAUACAGUGAUAAUGUACUAUAAAUAUUUAAGCAAGGCUGUCUGGAUUAUGUAUUGAAAUCGUUACAUCGAACUUCCUAAAGGAGAUUAUAUUUCUACAUAUUUUUUGUACAUGGUAUUAGUUGAUAUCCACCAUCGACGUUACGGUUACGGAUUAAAAGUUACGAAUGGAAAAAUGAUGUUAUGAAUCGUGUAUCCCUAUUUAAUUUUACCGUUGUUAUUGUUGCGUAUGAUUUGUUAUUAUUUAUAAAUUAGAUUUAUCUUAAACAUA